UUUGGGUUACUUCAAACCUCCUUCACUCAAAAGGGAUCUUACUGCUUUGUGUUUAGAUGGGAAUAAAAUUGAUCCUGUUACUGGUGUUUGUUUCUUUUACAAGUCUUUUAGGUUACAAAGAUGUUGAUUUGUGUAGUGUUAUGUUCGAGUUUGUAUGUUUGUUGUGCUAUGCUCGAAUGGAGUGAGUUACUUGGAGCUAAAUUAUUGGAUUGAGAUGAGAUUUAACUUUCUAAAUUUUAAGAUUUUUUUGCCAUUUUGUUAUGUCAUAUUUAGAUUGGGUCCCUCGCUUUAUCCCCUCUUACUCUUGAUCGACUAUCUAUCGAUCUUUAUUACAACACAUCUAAUAUUCUCCCAUCUCGAUCUCCUCUUGCUAUCUCGUCUCUACAACCCUCACCUUAACUCGAUCUCCUCUUGCUUUCUCCACUUUUCUCGUUAGUUUUCCAGCGACCUCACACAUCCAAUGUUUCAACCCACUUUGACAACUUUAACUACACAUUUGAUGGCUCUAAUCCUUUAUGGUCGAGGACACCAUUGCAAUUGGAAAAAACUGAAACCACUACAACUAGGAAGAGAGAUGAUUUUAGUUAAUAAUGAGGUUCAUCUCCCUAAACUUGUUUCCAUGGAGGGAAGUAGCUGGUUUUGUCUGAGCUUUUGAGAGCUUGGUUUGAAGAUAGAGAUAAAGAGAGAAAAGUUAGGAAAGAUUUUACUUUAUCAAAGCUGCAAAAUGCCACCAGUUCCUCUUGCUCCAUAUCCAACCCCUCCAGCUCCUUAUACACAACCUUCUAAUGCCACACAAAGCCAACUUGUGUGCUCAGGAUGCAGAAACCUUUUACUUUAUCCUGUUGGGGCAACCUCUGUUUGCUGUGCUGUUUGUAAUGCAGUCACUGCCGUACCGCCCCCCGGCACAGAAAUGGCACAAUUGGUGUGUGGAGGCUGCCAUACUCUUCUCAUGUACAUCCGUGGUGCCACGAGCGUCCAAUGUUCUUGUUGCCACACUGUCAACUUAGCUUUGGAAGCCAAUCAGGUGGCGCACGUUAGCUGUGGGAACUGUAGGAUGCUACUGAUGUAUCAAUAUGGAGCACGGUCAGUGAAAUGUGCAGUAUGCAAUUUUGUAACAUCAGUUGGGAUGUCAACAAGUGCAAUCGAUCAAAAAGCAUAAUAGCUAAAGUUAUCGUAAACAAGGUUGUCCAAAAUUCGACAACUGCGGCUUCGCCCAUUAUUCGUAAUGCCCUCGAGGGUGUUUGUCUCGACUCGACAAACGGAGGUUCCUCUUCUUAUUCACUUGUAUAGAGCUGUAUUUCUGCGCGUGAACUUUAAAUGUUGCUAUUUUUUUCAUCUUCACAGUGGUUGAAUGUAUGCUUUAAGUAGUUUUGAGAAAAUAUAUAUGAAUAUGGUAGAGAGACAAGUUUUUAUACUGUCUUGAGUGUAAUAUAACUGUUGGUAAAGAUGGAUUUUGGUUUGUUUGUU